CUUCAUCUUCUGACAAAAUCCAUUACUCUCUCUCUAUAUUACACAGAGCUUCUCAGACACUUUAAAGCUUCCAAGAACUUAUAGAAAGAAAGAAAGAAAGUUUGCACUAAUAAGAUGACUUAUCUGAACAAGCUUUGGAUGGCAGCAUCGUUCGUGGCUGUCCAAGGAAAUCCCGAUCACGGCGUCAAGUUGAAAACCGGUCUCACCUCCGCCCACCGCCUUCAACGCCGCUUUUCUUCCGAUCUCCGCCCUCUCUGCGCCGCAGAUGUCACUGUUGACGGUGUUACUGCAGAAGAUAGACUACGUACCUCUUCUUCCACUCCCGAUGAAUCUCUCCGUCAGGUUAUGUACCUCAACUGCUGGAGCCAAGGCUGAUUCUAACUCCAUCCGUCCGCAGAUUAUGAUGUUGACUCGUUCAUGAAACUCACCGAGUCGAGAAAGUGCGAGUCCGAUCUCUGAAGAUAACUUGUAUAUAGUUUGUUUGUUGUGGACUAGUCCAUGUGUGUGAAUAUUAGAAAUGUUUAAAAAGAUCAAAAGCAAGCGUUUCGUUUAUGAGAACACUGUUUCUUUUUUCGUCAAA